AGGCAUGUCUUUGGGAGCAACUGGCGCGCACCACGGGACUUGGACGACCUGAAAUCCAAUCCUUUGUACUGUCAGCUCUUGGACUCCUUCGUCGACGCACCAGGGCCCAACCACGUCUUCUCGGUCCACAACAUGGUGCAGAUUGGCAUGUCCUACGAUAAGCUCCCUGGGGAGUGGUACGGCCCCACCACUGUCGCCUACAUCCUCCGGGACCUCGCCCUCCUCCACCGCCGACAGCAGCAAGACGUGGAGGAGGAAGCGCACGCCUUGCAACCCGUCGGGGGAGAAUAG